GGUCUACGUGAAACAGGUUGCCUCUUGAUUUGACGUCCGCCUCCAGCCUUCAGGUUGCUUCUAGUUUUCGAAACAGGUUUGCGUGCUAAGGUUAAGACAAAAACGUUUAUCCAGUUUUUCAGCAACGAUUGUGGAUUGAGCGGCGAUUUGGUGCAAUUUGUGUGUGACAUUCAUUGAGGACACAUUUCGAUCGGCGCGUUGACUCGGGAUGGUUGUUGCCCAUUGAGCCCAGUUUGCCCCUUACGGACUAUUAGUGCUUGCCACCUCAACACCUACAUUGGAGUCCAGCCUAUUCUACGUUGAUAUCAGAUUAGACAACCUCCAAAAUGACGCUGGAAACAGUUCCUGUUGUCGAUGUUGUAGAUAACGUAUAUGACAACGUGGUCGAACAAUGGAUACUCACAUCAACGCCAUGGCCAGUUCUAAUAAUAACCAGCAUCUACCUGUUAAUAGUAUUGAAAAUAGGGCCGAAAUUCAUGGAAAAACGAGAGCCGUACAACAUCACAAAAAUAAUGAUGGUCUACAACAUAUUCCAAGUCAUCUACAACGGAUUUCUUGUGUUAUGGUUGGUUGUGGACAAGCAGGCACAGAGCUACAUUUACAACCACUCGUGUCAUCCCAUAGAUCCCAAGAAGAAUCCACUUCGAAUGGGGCUCAUGCUUGCGUCUUGGGCUUACCUGUUCUCGAAGGUGGUCGAUCUUCUAGACACAAUUUUCAUGGUAGCCCGUAAGAAGUACUCGCACAUCACUUUCCUUCAUUUGUACCACCACACCGGAAUGGUCCUCGCCACAUGGUUUUGCAUCAAGUACAUCAGAGCCGAACAAGGUAUCGUACCAGGAGUGCUCAACUCAGGAGUUCACGUAGUCAUGUACACAUACUACUUCCUGGCUGGUUUGGGACCUGAGGUGCAGAAAUACCUGUGGUGGAAGCGAUACAUCACCAGGAUACAGUUGACACAGUUCGUGAUCGUGAUCGGCUUCCUGGGCUACUUGUUCGUGAACGACUGCGAGGUCUCCCAGGCCUACAACGUGCUCUGGAUGGUCAACGUGUUCGUCUUCUUCUGCCUGUUCAUGAACUUCUACAUCAAAACCUACAUCAUGAAACCGAAACAGCAGAAAGCCGCCGAAAAAGAAGCGACAAAAAUCGCCACCAAGAACGGCACUCAAGUGACCAACAAGGCAGACUAACUUCUAGAAUCCUUAGAAUCACUCUUUUCCAUUUGUACAAAAUCUAACCUCCAUCCACCAGUCACUAUUAUGAAUGAACAUUUUAGUUUUAUGGUUAUUUCCUUGUGUUUGUUACGUUAUUUAUUGGAAUAAUAUGCAUUGUGUUUUUUAUUGUUGAUUUGUAAGUCUUAGGAAAAGUUUUAGAAACUAGUGAGUGAUAAGCUUGAAGGACAAAAACUUUGAUAGUUUAAUUUCUUAGGUACGGUAAUUAAUUCCCCUGGAGAAGAAUCUUCAAUUUGGAUUAAUUAUUUCAAAAUGUAUAAAAAUUUCAUGGAGAGUCCAAGAUUUUGAAAAAUAUGAAGCUACUCGGUCAUAAGAUCACCAACCACAAUAUUAUAUAUUAAAAACCUUUCAGUAUACUCGAUAGAGAUCUGAAGUUAUACUACUGAAAUAAACUCAUCAACUCGCUAAUCAGUUCAAAUUGUAUUCGAAAAAUAAGUGCGUAAUGAAGUCAAUUCUGCAUCAUAAUAGCAAAACUUCGAAAAGUUUAAUACAAAAUGGAACUCUGAUUAGUUAAUUACAUUGAAACUCUCCAGAUUGAAAGAAUUUCGAGAACAAGCACAGAGCGAUUCAGUUAUCUAUUCAUAUUGGAUAGGAAAUAAGGAGUCGCAGCAUUCAAAUUAUAUAUAUUUAGUCCAGUUUUUGAAUAGAACUUAUCAGAUUUUAGAUGAUGAGAAGAUAUUCAAACAUCAUAAGUAUGCGAUAGCAGAUUGUAACCUGCAUUUAGAAAGACAGUAGACUACAACAUUUUAUUGUAAAAGUGACUUAAACAAUCGGAUAUAUUGUUGUAAAGCGUGUUGAGAUUAAAUUUUUUUUUAUUCCA